AUGUCUAAAGUUAAGGUUGGAAUUAUUGGGGGUUCUGGAUUCGACGACCCAAAUUUAUUCAAAAAAGUAGGAGUGCGACAAGUGACUACUCCAUUUGGAAAGCCGUCCGAUGCUCUUAUCGAAGGUUUUGUUGGAGAUGUUGCAUGUGUUGUGCUUCCCAGACAUGGUAAAGGACACUUAAUUCCUCCCAGUGAAGUCAACUAUCGCGCGAACGUUUGGGCGUUGAGAGAUCUCGGGUGUACUCAUAUAUUAGCUACUAACGCUUGUGGUAGUCUACAGGAGGACUUGGUACCUGGAGAUUUCGUUGUUCUUAAUCAGUUUUUGGAUAAAACUUGGGGUCGUGAAAAUACGUUUUAUGGAAGUAAACCUGAUUCAUUGAAAGGCGUCUUACAUAUGCCUAUGGCAGAACCAUUUUGUGAAAAAACACGUCAGAUGUUAAUCCAAGCGGCCAGAAAUAAAUCAAUAAAUGUUUAUGACAAAAAAACUAUGGAUAAAUCCGCCUGUAUUCAUCCAUGUGUACAUACUGAAGGUUCUGCAGUAACUAUUAAUGGUCCACGUUUUUCAACUCGUUGCGAAUCAUUUGUUCAUAAAGCAAUGGGAUUGGAUAUAGUUAACAUGACAUUAGUUCCUGAAGUUUCAUUGGCUCGUGAAGCUGGUUUAAGUUAUGCUUCUAUAGCAAUUGUUACAGAUUUUGAUUGUUGGAAAGCAGAUGAGGAACAUGUCUGUGUUGAUAUGGUUUUGGAACAGUUUCGUAAAAGUAUUGUUCACGUUAGAGAAAUUUUAUUAGAAGCUGUGGCAUUGAUUGGCGCCCAAGACUGGACAGAAACUAUUGAAGCAAAUAAGGCGCUAGUGUCGAGCUCGCGUCAAGACUUGCUUCAUCAAGAGAGUAAAGGCAAAUAA